GUGUUUCAGUGUUUCCGAUUUAAACGGACCUUUAUUUCUUCUCUUUUGACCGCAUUUGACGUUUGUUGAAUGUUCUAUUUCCAGAUACGGGUGUUUCUGUAGCAGCUCGCCGUAUUUACACACAACUCUGCACUGCUUAAAACGGACACAGCGUUUGCAGUAGGACGAGCAGGAUGGCAGCGCUGUUACAGCACCCAGGAUACGAUGAGGAGAAGCUGCGGAGGGUCGCAGAGCAGCUGCCAUGCAGAGAGGUCCAGGCUGGGAUGCUGCUGUCGCUCAUGGGAGAGCCACAGCAGUACAGCUACCCUUCAGUCUUCAUCUACGGUCAUCGGGCCUCAGGAAAGAGCCAUGUGCUGCACGUUCUGCUGAGGGAACUGGAGCUGCCUCACGCCACCGUCAGCUGUGUCGAAUGUGUCUCUGUUGUGCUGCUGUUUGAACAAGUGCUGCUGUCCUUCUUUGGCUGCGAUGCCGCCUCGCUGCUCCCCCGCAGUCCCUCCCUGUCUGACUUUGUACGCGUCUACAGACAGCAGCGCUCACAGUCUCCCGCCAAGCAGACACGAUACAUAGUAAUGGAAAAAGCUGAGCUUCUAAGAGACUCUGAUGCCAAUCUCCUCCCCGCUCUCCUGCGUCUUCAGGAAUUGGUUGAGGACAACGUUACCGUCGUCCUGCUCAGCGAAAUCGUGUGGGACAAGUUCAGACCAAACACCGGCUGUUUUGAGCCUCUUCUGCUCCAUUUCCCAGACUACAGUAAAGGUGAGCUGCAGCAGAUUUUGUCCCAGGACAAACAUCCUUCGUACUCAGCUGAGUUUUACUCCUCCUACGUCAACAUACUGCUGGGAGUCUUUUACUCUGUGUGCCGCGACCUCAGAGAACUGCGACACCUGGCUUCCCUCAACUUUCCAAAGUUCUGUGAGCCUCUGGCAGAAGGGAAAGUGAAAGAGACUGACACACACAAGCUGUGGAGGAACAUUGAGCCUCAUUUGAAAAAGGCCAUGCAGACGGUUUACCUUCGAGAGGUGUCCAGUCUUCAGUGGGAGCAGAUGCAGCAAAUGGAGGAGAAGGAGGCUGGAGCCUUGAGAGGUUUAUCAGCUCACACUCAUGUUGAACUGCCUUAUUACUCCAAGUUCCUGCUGAUCGCUGCCUAUCUGGCAUCGUACAACCCUGCACGCACAGACAAACGCUUCUUCGUAAAGCACCACGGUAAAAUAAGAAAAACAAACUUCUUGAAGAAAAAUGAGAAGACGAGUAACCACCUUCUUGGGCCGAAACCCUUCCCUCUGGACCGCCUGCUCGCCAUUUUUUACAGUGUGGUGGACAGCAGAGUCGCACCGACUGCCAGCAUCUUCUCUCAGAUCUCCUCUCUGGUGACCUUACAGCUGUUGACUCAGGUCAGCCAUGACGACCAGCUCGAUGCACCAAAGUUCAAAUGUGCCGUUUCUCUGGACUUCAUCUGUGCCAUAUCCAGGACGGUGAACUUUGAUAUUGUGAAGUACCUGUAUGACUUCCUCUGAGCCUGCAGUGCAUAAAGGAGAGACGACACGUAAGAUGAAGGGAGAUUUAUUUCCAUAAGAGCACACUUAAGGACAAGCAUUUGGCAAAACAAGGAGCUCUGGAGGACUGUUACAUGGAGGGAAAUUCAACUAAUUAUGUCGCUGCCCCCUUGUGGUGAUGAACGAGCUCGUUGUUUUCUCUUGUAGCCUCUGUGUUAAAUAUUUGCAUUUGUACAAAAUAAAUGCCAUAUUGGCAACUUGA